UUCUAUCAAAUGCAGCUAUUAUAUCAGCCUGGUAAAGAUUUGUAUAUAUUAUUUACUCGCUGGGGGAGAAUUGGUGAUAGAGGUCAACAACAAACAACACCAUUUCAAACUGAAGCUGAUGGAAUUAAAAACUUUUGUUCCAUAUUUAAAUCAAAAACUGGUAAUGCAUGGACAAAUAUCAAAAGUUUUGAAGAACGGCCAAACAAAUAUCAUUUAGUUGAUGCAAGUUGGAACAAAAAACCAGAGAAAAAAACAGCUGUGGACAUUAAACUUGAUUACACUGUUGCAUGUCAACUACCAUCAAAUAUACAGUCAUUUGUUAAACAAAUAGUUGAGAGUAAAGCGAGAAAAAUAGGUCCAUAUUCUACAUCAAGACCUAUUGAUAGAGAUAUGUUUGCUUUUGGAAAAAUUAACGAAGCUGUUCUUAAAACUGCCUUAGAAAUACUACACAAGAUAGGCCAAGUACUAAAACAAGAAGAAGAUUACAGAUGUGAUAAUACAGAACUUGAUCACACAAAACUAAAAAUAUUCUAUAACGAGUUGUCAGAACUAAACAGUGAAUAUUUCCGAAAAACACCACGUACUCAAUUUGCCUUUGAUAAGAUGUCACCUAUCACAUGUAUAUCAGAUUUUAACAGAGAACUUUCGAUGAUUAGAAAUCUACUCAAUAUGGAAAGAGCUGCCAAAAUCUUACUAGGAGCCAUGUAUAAUCAUAAAGAUGUAAAUCCUAUGGAUUAUGUAUACAAGACACUUGGAUGUAAGAUGAGAUUAUUGGAUGAAGAUAAUUAUAUGUCACAGUAUAUACUGUGUUGUAUGAGUUCAGAUGAUAAAAGUCAGAGUGCUAAAGUACAAGGUAUAUAUGAAAUUAGUCGAGAUGGUGAAGAAGAGAGAUUAAAGAGUAAAAAUAAGGAUAAUAGAAUGUUAUUGUGGCAUGGUACAAAUGAAGCUAAUUUUAUUGGUAUUUUACAUCGUGGUCUGUUAUAUAAUCCCACUGAUAACCAUACUGUACAUGGACAAUUAUAUGGAGAGGGUAUAUAUUUUGCUGAUGAGUUCCAUAAAUCACGUAGAUAUUCUUCAUCUAGUUCUGAUGUUAAAUUAAUUCUAUUGGCAGAGGUUGCUCUGGGAAAACAACUCAAGUUAAAAGAUAUGAAUGAAUUAAAGGGAGCUAAUAAAAGGUAUGAUAGUUUAUUUGUGCCAGGUAAAAACCAUCCAGAUCCACGGGGAAAGAUCAUUCUACCCACAGGUGUGACUAUGUGUGUUGGAGAUGAUAUUUAUGAUUCUGUGGAUGAAGAAGAUGGAGAGUCUUUAUAUGCACAAUAUAACGAAUACAUUGUCUUUAAUGAAGAUCAGAUUUGUUUGAGAUAUGUGAUUGCUUAUAACUAAUUAGUCGUAUUUAUAAUAGAAUUAGGUUAAUUGAUUACUAGUUGUUUUAGUUUUAGGCUUGUUAUGAAUUGAAAUAUUUAUUCACUUGUUUAUGUUUGCUGUGUUUUCCAAGUGUCAUUUUAGGAAUAAAAUUAUUUUAUUAUUGGGUGAAUGUCCCUUUUAAUAGCUUUGACUGUGAAUAGGGUUUGGGUCUAAAGAUAAAUAAUACAUUAACAUCACUUCUGUUUAAUAAUGAGAAAUUAUCAGGAUCCCAGGUGACUGAGUAGUGUGAUCACAUGAUAACAUAGUCCACGUCUUUGCUUUGUUUUCCUUUUUUAUUUUCACAAUUUACAGGUAUUAGUAUACUUGAGCUUUUAAAAUCAUUUAUAUUUUUAUUGAUUUAUGCUGAAUCAUUUCUCCUCCUAAUUAGAAUUAUCUUAUCUGGAAAAUUUGAGUUUUCCAUGCUGUAACAAACAUUUUUAAAUACAUAUCAUCUUGUGAUUACCAUAUUCACAACUGUAUACUUGAGCAUUUAAAAUCAUUUUCAUUUUUAUUGACAUACGCUGAAUCGUUAUUGCUCCUAAUUAGAAUUAUCGUAUGUUGAAAAUUUGAGUUUUCCAUGCUAUAACAAACAUUUUUAAACACAGAUCAUCUUGUGAUUACCAUAAUCACAACUGUGCAGAAUAUGAAUUUCUAAUGUAGUAUGUGUAACAAGUGCAUAAAAUUUUACCAGUAUUUACAAUGGGUCAACUUGUAUUUACCAUAAUCGCGAACUGUACAGAAUGUGAAUAUUCUAAGCUUUUAAGUGUAAUAUUGUGUAUCAAACUUUACCAGUAUUUACCACUGGUCAACUUGUGUUUACCAUAACCAUAAAUGGUAUACAUGUAUAUUGAGCCUAAGUAACUAGCAGUUUGUUUCAUAUGUAAUACCAUAUUAUUCCCUAACCAUCUUUUAUGAUUUAUAUUCACAAGUUUACUCAAUCAUGUUAUAUAUUUUAUACUAUUGAACAUUUGUUAUUUAAAUAUUAUAUAAAACAUGACCAUAUUCUACAUCUUAUUGUUAUAGACUAUCAUGCUCUGAUUGGUAUGAAACAUUUGUUAUUUAAAUAAUAUAUAAACCAUGAUCAUAAUAUGCACAUCUUAUUGUUAUAGACUGUCAUGCUCUGAUUGAUAUGAAACAUUUAUUAUUUCAAUAUUAUAUAAGACAUGACCAUAUAUUGCACACCAGUACAUCUUAUUGUUAUAGGCUGCCGAACUCGGUUUGAUAGAAUACAUUUAUUAAAGCCCCAACAUGCCAGAAUAAAGGUUGAAUAUAGAGAUUAAGACCAUAGACACAAUCCAAGUAUAUCGGACCUAAAAUAAUUAUUCAAACCAAUCAAUUUUUACUUAAACUAUGGCCAUUUAUAAUUUACAUUGGUUUCUGUUGAUUUCAGACUUUAUAUCUCUUUAGACAAAUAAAGAAAUUGUGCCAUCUUAUUCUGCUAUCCCAUUUGUCAUAAAAGUGUUUUUACACUUAAUUAUAUGUGCUUAAUUACAAACCAUAUUCAAUGGCACAUUAAGCGCACAAUUUUUACAAUCGGCCUUUAUUUAAUCUGGCUUGUUGUGUUUUUAAUGUUGAUCAUACUGAUCAUACUGAAUUUAUUAUUUAAAAUUGAUAAAAAGUAUUUCUUACUUCAGGGACAUUCAGAUAUUCAUGGACAAUGUAAUAUUGUAUGCAUUUUUUGUCAUUAAUCAGUGCUCAUACCAUUUUAAACCUAAGGUAAUUUAUAAUGUAAUGUUUUUAAUUAUUACAAAUAUUUAUAUAUUUAUAGUACUAGUGCUGUGAUUUAAAGUUAUAUUCCUUUGAUGUCUUACAUCCUAAUUAUAUAACCUCAGUUGCAGACUAUAGCCAAACGGCUUGCAAAGGGAAGUCUUUUCUAUUACGAAUCUAAAAAUAUUACAAUUAAGAGAAAUAUGUGACUUGCAGACAAGGUAGUACUCAUACUAAACUUAGGCUGCCUGUCUACAGUUAGUCUGUUGAGAACAGACACUAAGCUAGUUGACCGACAUUUUAAGUCCUUAAUCGACGAGUUUAGUUGAAAACUCUAAGUAUACUUGCAGACAAGAUAGUACUCAUACUAAACUUAGUCUGUCUGUCUACAGUUAGUCUGUUGAGAACAGACACUAAGCUAGUUGACCGACAUUUUAAGUCCUUAAUCGACAAAUUUAGUGGAAAACACUAAGUAUACUUUGAAAAUUUUGUUAUGUGUUUAAUCUGCUUCCAGUUGGAAAAGAUUAUUUAGUAUUUGUGUGUAUGACAUAUGUGAAACGGAGUAGAGCCGCAUUACAAAACUGUAUACUAAUUUUGGGAUGUGGUGACCAACUGACCAUUUUGAGCAGAGAUCUAUUCUCGAAGUAUGAGGUAGAUGGAUUCCCCUUGUCGGUGUUGAAGGACAGUGGGACUGGCAAGCACCUAAUUGUUCAGAUGGGAAGACAGUCAGAGGUACAACGUUAUAAAAGAACUGUUGACAGUUAAAAUACAAUUAAGAAUAGGCAUGAUGUAUGCCCAUCUUCAUUGGCCCAUGGGCCAGUUGACAUAGAUAAGUGGGAUAUUUAACUCCAUUUCAUAAAAUUCUAUUUUAAGAAAUGCUGUAGUUUCUAUUAAGAUGUGAAGUUUUAAGAUGAAAAUAGUUGACCUAAUUAAGUUUGAAGGAAUAUAUCUUUAAUCACUAUAUUUAUUUAUUGAUGGUUAUUAUUAUUAUUAUUAGGAGCUAUCUUGUGAUUAUUAAUGGGUAUUAAUAUAUUUAUACUGUAAUGCAAUUUUUCUAAAUCAAAUCAAUUCCUGUUUUUUAUACAUAAAUAGGACAUUUCUGUUUGUUUUUGUUCAUCUAAUAGUUCAUCUGUAAUAAAAAUUUAAUUUCAAGGAU